AUGUGUUUACACCUGUGGCUUUUGGUGUCAUUAUUUGUGCAAAAUAUCGCAACAUUUUUGAUUUAUGACGGGAAAUACGGGAAGAAUCGUGAUUUGCUCUGGGAAACCUGGUUCAAUCCUUUUCAGACGGUGCCCAGUCAUACCAUUUACUUUAUGGAUAAUACUUUUAUCGCAUAUGAACAGUCUACUAUCAUAGACAGUUUGUUUAUAGGUACUUUUCAACUUAGGAAAUUGUCAAAUGGAUCUUAUAUUGUCGGCAAUGUUGUCAAUAAUACCAAAUUAGGAGUAAUUGGGCUAGUGUACAUGGAUGCAAAUGAAUGUAAGUUACUUGGUUGGCAUCAAUACAGCGCUGGUUGUUUUUUGGCCCUAAAAAAAGUAGAUCCUAACAAUUGUACUGACAAUACUAGCGACGACUACGAUGUCAAGAGCGCUAGCUGUGUUUUGGUUAUUAGUUCAGAAAAUGUAGAGGAUAUUUUUACAAACAGUAAAUACACUAUCGUGGGCAGUAUAAGUGCGGAAAUCCCAAUGCAACGACUUGACGUCAGUGCGGUGUCAAAAUGUCUAUAUUUUGUCUCGAGGAACUUUGAUGAAUCUACAAUUUCCAAGCAUCAGCAUAGAUUUAGGGAUUAUUUUAAUUACAAAAUUCAUAGUUACUCCCUUGUCGACAAUAAAAUCACCGGUACUCUGACUGCAACAUUUACCAGUGCACUUGAAUACUUAUCAGCUCCUCUUUGGAUUAUGGCUGACCUUGUGCCUAAAUGCUUAACAUUAGUUCACUAUGAUGACAACGGAUUUUUAGUGCUUAAUAUCAUAGAAUAUGAGAAUUUUAGGCACCUAUCAACAGUCACACUUGGCGGCAUUCAGAGUGGUUCUAUUAUCGAAUUUUCAAAGACAGUAAACACCCCAAAAAUCGUAGCCAUAGGAGAUACCCCGCCUUACGAGAAGAUAAUCAUUCUAAAUGGGAUUACUGGUGAGAUCCAAAGGCAUGAUGUAUAUCUCUCGUAA